GCACCGUCUGUGGCUCUUCUCUCCCUGCACACUUCUUACAACUUCUGACUCGGUUUCAUACUUAAAAAAUUUAAAUAAGACUCUUUGCACGCUUUGAAUUUUUUUUAAGUGAUCACCUGUGCGUGCGUGCGUGUGUGCGCGCCAAGGAACGGAAAUGAAAAUGAACGGCACGACGUUUAACCAAACGGACGGUGGUAUUUUCUCCAACCGGACUGAGGAGAUCUUGUCGUGUUGUAACUUCUCAUCGGUGGUGACAGACGACGGGUUCGCGACGGCGGCGGCACCAGACGAUGAGCGCAGCCUGUUCAUCAUGAGAGCCGUGCAGAUCGCUGUGAUGUGUGUGCUGUCUCUCACUGUCGUCUUCGGCAUCUUCUUCCUCGGCUGCAACCUCCUCAUCAAGUCCGAGGGGAUGAUCAACUUUUUGGUGACGGAUCGGAGACCGAGCAAAGAAGUAGAAGCUGUUAUAGUGAGCGUUUAUUAGUGCGAUCUGGGAUUCGACAUGGGCGCACCUGGCUCUCUUUCCAAGCCCCAAACGUCCAGCCUCCGAACUGACACUGCAGUAUAACACUGUUUAUAUGAUGCGCUUUCACAUGCGCUUUUUCCAUAUGAUGGCGGAGAAACCUCAGGACUCUGCGUUCCUCUUCAGCCGGCGUGUGCGUAAACGGAACACACAGUACUGCAGAUUUUAUGUGCACGUGCACCACUGAAAUCACACCAAACUCGAAUUUACAACCCACGAACCGAAUCACCUGAACCCUCAUCGGCUAUUUAUGUUCAGAGUAACAUUUAUUUACUGAAAGUAUUUUUGCGCAUGAAUGAAUCUUUGGAUACAUGGUGCAUGUGCAACAAGCCGCGCGCAAUUCCGAGUUUAUUUUUUAUGAACACACUGUAGCC